GGGAGCUCUCCCAUUCUGCGAAGCCAAAGGGCAGCCAACCAAGUGGCGGCUGGAUCGUCGGACCAGCGAGAAUCUGCGCUGAAAACCGCCAAGAAAGCCAGCGUUUUGGAAAACAGCCAAGGCCCGAGUGGAGGGUUGGACGUCACGGGGAAGUAUAAACGUCGAAAUUCUGACGAAAUUACCUCAGAGAACUCACAGCCGGAGGAGUACCUAGUAUACAUCCACAAAGUUCUGCCUAUCGACACAUAUGCUGGAAUUAUUCUCCGAUAUAAGUGCAUGGAAGAUGCGUUUAGGAAAGCGAAUGGCCUCUGGUCCAGGGACAGUAUCCAGGUUCGGAAAUGGGUCAUUAUUCCAGUCGAUGCCUGCGAAGUACGAGACUCACUGCCUGAGCCGGUGGAAAUUGGGCGUAUUGCACGCCAGAAAAUGGGAUACUUCCCACCACGGAGGAAAAAGGCCGUUUCUUUUUCGUCGACGCCGCGACAGAGCCUUGAUACCACGGAGCAAAUAGAGCAGCCAUUAUCCAGGAGACAGAGCUCAGUGGGCGAUCAACCACCAUCGUUGGGCAGGGGUGAAUCUUUUCGCAGCCAUGGAGAUGGCGAUGGGCCGGAUAUGAGACCAGCAUGGAUGCGACGCUCUGGUGGUGUCGGCUCUUUGAGCAGGAAUAUCCGCGCCCCUGGUCCGGACAAAGAUUACUUGAAUUCGUGGGCCAAGAAACACUUCCCCGGCCUGAAUAUUGACGACCUGCCAUCCAUGUCGGUGAUGGGGUCAGAGAUGGCGCGAUUCGGGUUUGAUCAUGAAGCUGCCGGGAUCGUUGAAGGCACCAUUCAAGAGGGGGGAGAUGCAGAGUCA